ACCGUUGCAGAUCGAUGAUGACCGAGCGGCUCGGAUCUGCUGUCGUCUUCAGGACACAGGAGCACCACGGCGCAUCGUCAGCCACGCAGGGCUCAGCCUGAAAUCUCGGUUUAAGCUGGAUUUUCUUUCAGAUUCCUGCCCCAUUAAUUCGGUUUGUAAUUCACACGGAGGUCCUGGCCGAAAAAAAAUGGAGAUGCUGCCUGAUUUAUGGAAGGAGGACUACUGGCUUCCUCCUGGUGUGACCUGGAGAGACAUGGAGCAGCUGGGGGACUCCAACCGCCCCAGACCCCAGGACCUUCUCAUCGCUCUGCCCCUCGCCCUCGGCUUCGUAGCCCUCCGCUACAUGUUUGAAAGGUUUGUUGCCCCACCCAUGGCCAGGUGUCUUGGGGUGAAGAAUAGAUUUCAAGUGACCGCUGCACCAUCGCCGAAUCUGGAGUCGUUUUACACCCAGAACAGGAGACAGCCAACACAGAGUGAAAUGGAAGGCUUGAUGCUGUCGUGCGGCAAAACGCAGAGACAAAUAGAGACGUGGUUCAAGCGUCGCAUGAGCCAAGACAAGCCGUCUAAAACCAAGAAGUUUGGUGAAGCUGCUUGGAGGUUCUUCUUCUACCUCACAGCUUUUGUGGCUGGAUUGUCCUGCCUGGUUGAUAAACCGUGGUUCUGGGACCUCAGGGAAUGUUGGAGGCAGUAUCCAUUUCAGCCCAUGGAGAGAGCUCACUACUGGUACUACAUGCUGGAGUUGGGAUUUUAUGGCUCUCUGCUCCUUCGGAUCUCUGUGGAUGUGAAGAGGAAGGAUUUUAAGGAACAGGUCGUCCACCACUUGGCUACCAUCUUCCUGCUCAGUUUCUCCUAUUGUGCCAACUACAUUCGCAUCGGCACCUUGGUCAUGCUGCUGCAUGACACCUCUGACAUCCUGCUAGAGCCUGCAAAGAUGUUCAACUACGGCGCUGACUGGAAGAAAUUGUGUGACGCCCUGUUUGUUGUGUUCGCUGUGGUCUUCCUUGUGACUCGGCUGGUGAUUUUUCCCAGCAAAAUCAUUCACACCACCCUGGUACUGUCCAUGGAGGUGUUUGAGCCUUUUGCUGGCUACUACUUUUUUAACAUCCUGCUGAUGCUGCUGCAAGGUCUGCACAUAUUCUGGGCCAAGUUGAUCUUGCACAUGCUCUAUAAGUUCCUGAAAGGCAAGCUGGAAAAAGAUGAACGCAGUGAUGAAGAAAGUGAGGUUGAAGAGGAAGAGGAGGAUAAAGGGGAAGAGGAAAACAAGGAACAAGGUGGAGACUGUUACUGGGAGAAAAGUAAAGACUCUCUUAACUCCAAACUGUCUAUGCUGACCAACAGCUGUGUCCUUAACAACCUGGCCAACCACAGGUCGUCUGUGGUGGACAGAAUGCGUAAAGCUCAGUAGAAAUGUUCUCCGUCUGUUGUUUUCCUUUACUAAUGUGAACUGGGUAUGUUCAGUCAGAGCAAUGUCUGUGAAUCAGAUGAUGCUACUGUCCUUCACUUUUAACUGUGAGAAAUUGAAGCAGAAAACAUUCUCUUUAAAGCCGGUGUCAUAAAACAGGUGUCAACAGGAAGCACAAUCCUGUGCUGCAGUCACUGCUCAGCCUCAGUAACGCUGUACAAUGAUCCAUAAUGAUUCACUGUCUUUGAAGAGGGACGGCAGCCUUCAUUUGAAAUGUUUUGUGCUUGCUAAUGUCCACUGUAGCCUUCACUGCACACGGUUUUCUUUUUAUGUAUUAGGCUCACGAAGCAAACAUUUAAAAGUACAACAGAGAUUAUUAACACGGAGAUAAACCAAUAUCAAAACAAAAGAGCAGGUUGAUGUGUGUUCAUGCGUAGAUAGAAGUGCUCUUUAAUUAUUGUAAAAUACUGUUACAUUUAAAUGCUGAAAAUAAAA